AUGUCUCUACUCAAAACCAAAAUCUUAUUUCUCUUUGCAAUCAUUCUUUCCUAUAGCUUGAUCGUUCCUUCUUUAGCCGACGACUGGAAACAAGAAUUCUUAGAGGCCCAAAACGAAGCCCGGAACGAAGUUGGCCUGGACCCGUUCAUUUGGGACGAUGAGGUCGCUGCUUAUGCCUCGAGCUAUGCGAAUCAGAGGAUCAGUGAUUGUGCCAUGGUCCAUUCGAAUGGACCUUUUGGAGAGAACAUAGCGUGGAAUAGUGGAGAUAUGUCGGCUGAGGAUGCUGCAGAAAUGUGGAUCGACGAGAAAAAGUACUACGAUCACGAUAGCAACACGUGUAAUGAUCCGAACGGUGGCACGUGUCUACAUUACACACAAGUGGUUUGGAGAAACACUCUUCGUUUGGGAUGUGCUAAGGUCGUGUGUAACAGUGGUGGUACUUUUAUUACAUGUAACUAUGAUCCACCGGGAAAUUACAUUGGACAACAACCAUACUAA